AUGAUUGAAGUUGCAAAGAAGAAGCCACCUCCACCACGGCCUUUGAAACGCUCGUCCCUUAGAGGCAACCAAUCUCUCAAAGCAGAUAGCGAAGCGCUGCUCGAGCCGACAAUAACGUCUGAAUCUGAUGGGGGUCGCAUGAAAACUCCUCGUAUCGACAGUGUCCACAAGUCCGACGAGGUCAAGCCCAGCUUGAAGGAGUUAGGUGGCAACGUGUUCGAAAGCAGCACAUCAGAAGAAGCCUCGGCAGACUCUUUCGAUACCCAAACACCUACGGGUCGACUCCCAGACGAUGGAAUAUUUAUCGAUUAUAACGAAGAUGGCCCUCAAGAUCCCUUGGAUGUAGAAGAUAGUCAUUCUCUGGCCGAGGGAGACAUCGAAUCUUCUGACAGUCGCUGUUCCAUCAUUAGCGACGACGACUUCAGAGACAAGCUGAUGGACGUCGUUCAAAUCAUACUCAACGUCGACAACCGUCUGAAGUCCGUGGAGAAGAAGUUCCAAAAGAACCACGCCCUGAACAGAAGGCUGGGGUCGAUGCUGAGGUUGAUGCUGAGGUUGAUGAAGNGCAAGCCAUCAGAAAAGACCCCAUGUAUACCACAAAUGAGGUUACUUGAUUGGUACAACUUCAAGCACAAGUGGGCUGGCGACAAACGAUAUGCAAUUGAGGUCUUGAAAGGUCCAGCGAAGUACUAUCAAGAUUGCUCCGCGGAGGAACGCAACUACGAAAAGUUCAAGAAAACAGGCAACACACCCGUUCGUCCACAGUCGGAUGUCGAGCAGGAGGUCCUUACGCCACAGGAUGUACCGGAACGGAUCAGGAUCAUUUCAUCGCCUCUGCUUGCUAUAAUCACAGAACUUGAUCCCCUUGGGUUUCCUCUUAUCUUGACCCCUGGUAUCAUGCUGAGGCCCUACCGACGUCUGGUUCGCUUGGAGAACGACUUGAUGGCACAUCUGGCGAAUCUUGAGGCCAAAUGGGGCCUCGCCGAGAAGGAAGACCUCGAGCGCAAAGCGGAACGCGGAUCCCAUGCCACUGAACCUGAGCACAUAACUCGUGAAGCUCCAGGAGAUACAGGAGUCGGUGACAAGGUCAUAUCAGAUGCGAGUCCAGAAGCCAAUCUUGCAGCUCACAACACCUCCAAGGAUGAACUCGAUGAGACCAAAGAUCAGCCUCUUACUCCAACAGAUCCCCUCACUGAUAGCAUCGAAGCCUUGCGAGACCUUCGUUGUUUAAAGCGAUUUUUUGAGACAUAUAUCCACCCCACGGUCAACCGCUUGCGAAAUCGAACAGCUCGCAAGAUCAAGUUUGCAGACCUCUGGUAUCUUUUUCCUCAUGGCGAAGAGGUUUUCAUUCCUGCUGCCCAUGAGUUUGAAGCCAGCUCGACAUUCACACAAAGCACAGAGUCAUCAAGUGUUUAUCAGAGCGUCUUUCGAGUCUACGACCACUCAGGGGGUAGAGUACCACUUUCGAAGCCUGACGACGAUGGCUCAGAUGGUGACUUUUCAACAUCGUCUCACCUAAUUCGCGCCAACCCAUUUUGCAUGAUGUGUUAUCACAUUGACUGGGACUCCAAGUCCUACUCACCAGUUUCUCACGAGAUUGAGAUCAAACCGUUCGACAAUGAGAAGGACAUAACUAGUUUGGAAGUUUAUCCUUCUGGCUAUCGCGAAGAUUACGAAUCUAUUCGACAACAACUCGUAGAACGUGGUAGCAAGUUCUCACAGCUGACGAAACCUACUCAUAUGAGCUACUAUGGUCGAACCUACAGCUCACAUCCUUGUGGCGGUUUCCGUCAUAGCCCAGGGUCUUCCUUUGUCGACAGCGAAGUCAUGGUUGACUUCGAACAAANNACUAUGGCUUCCCCUGACUUUGGUCUUGAAGAAUGUCCCUCUUACCAAACGGAAGAAACUGAACAUUGGGACUCGAAGGUCUACAAAGACAAGGAACACAAACUGUUUGAUUUCAAGUUUGCGGAUUCCAUAUUUGUAGACUAUGAUGAUGAGAAGUGGCUGCGCGAUCGCACCAGAGAGAAUGAUGGCUUUNUGCGUGACUGGGACUCCUACCAACGAAGUCGCCGCAGUGAACCCGUUCGAAAUCUGGAGAAAAGUAGCGACUUGGUUUUGCUACCAAAGCGAGUCUUGGGUUACAGUUACCGAGACCGGAAAUUUUACGCAUUCGACAUCGACCAUCUAAAGCCUAUCACUCGGAACACCGAAGGCUUUGACGGCCUGGAACUACCAAAAGGUCAUCAAGAUUUGGUAGAGGCUCUGGUCAAGGAACACUUCAUCAAGAAGGAAGCUUACGAAAAGCACGGCAAAUCCACCCCUGGUAUGGACAUAGUAUCUGGAAAGGGAAAAGGACUCAUCAUGCUGCUUCAUGGGUAUCCUGGUGUUGGGAAAACCUCGACUGCAGAAUGUGUGGCACAAUCAACUGGCCGGCCCUUGUUUCCAAUUACUUGUGGUGAUCUUGGUCUGACACCAAAAGAAGUUGAAGAUUCCUUGACAGACAAGUUUCGACUUGCUGAUAAGUGGAACUGCAUAAUGCUUCUCGAUGAAGCGGACAUAUUUUUGACGAAGCGUGACAAGGCCGGCAUGCAGAGGAACGCACUUGUAUCUGGUAGGCAGGCAUUGUGGGAAUUUGGACCAAAAAGCUCUCAGCUGACCUUGAAUANNGUUUUCCUGCGCGUUCUGGAGUACUACGAGGGAAUCCUGUUCCUUACUACCAACCGUGUUGGCACAUUUGAUGACGCUUUCAAAUCACGCAUUCAUGUCAGUCUUUAUUAUCCACCAUUGACCAAGGGGCAAACAAUCAAAAUCUGGGAGAAGAAUCUUCAUCGUCUCAGGAAGAUUGAAGACGCUCGUGCUCAGAUAACAGGAAAGCCUGGUCUGAAGAUCCUGGAUAAAGAAAUCCUUGCUUAUGCCCAAGAGCAUUAUAAAGAACACAAACAUUCUACAGUCGGUUUGUGGAGUGGAAGACAGAUUCGCAACGCCUUUCUGACCGCAGCGGCACUGGCAUAUCACCGAGCAGAUGCUGAGGGACCAAUUCUCACCACGCAACUGUUCAAAACUGUCGCCACGACUACUGACGCAUUCGACAAAUACAUCAACUCAGUACAUGGAGAAACGAACGAGGAACAGAGGGCUUUUGACCAGGCUGAGCGUGUACCAACUCAAGAAAGUGGCAAACGAAACAGGGGCACUCGUACAACGCCGAAGCCAGUGACACCAGUCAGCCAUCCACGGGGAAACUUUNUCACAGACACCGGAGUUCAGGGCAUGCAAAGCAAACUAGGCGAUAGUGGUUAUACCAGUCACGGAGGCAUGGUGGAGUUCGCUGAACACGCGACGUUUGCAUCUUCGGCUGCCGUAUCCUCCAGUGCCUUCACAGACACCACGCACGUGCGUGAGAGCGUCUACACAUUACCAGGAGCUAUGCCUUCCCCAAGUCCUGCAUCCAAGGCAGCCAGACCAUCAACAAUGGACCAUGACCGGGGUCAUGACAAUGGGACUGAUUCUGAAGAUGGGGACGAGGAUGAUUGA